AUGACAGCGGAACGCUCCCUUUUUCGCUUUCUCAACAGGUCGCAGGAAUGCGGACCGAAACAGCCGAAGGAACUGGGGGUGGAAGAAGGGAAAAGAAGAAAAGCAGACGAGAAGGAGGAUAAAAGGAAGGAAAGAAGCGAAGCAAGCGAGAUAGAGGGGGGUACAGAGGAAGGAGAAGAGGAGGGAAGAAGCAAAAGAAGCAGAAGGAAAGGUGGAGAGGGGUCCGAAUGCGGACUAGUGCAGCCUCGGCCAGCGGUUGAAAAGGGGCAUUUUGCUCUAGGGCCCGGCGAUCAUGUGCCUUCCGGCCUCCGGGUCUCCCAGGCACUGAAUUUUGUGUCCGCCGCUACAAUCCUUGGCUUAAUUGCUUUCAGCGUCAUUGGGUGUGCCCCAGAUGUGCCGUUUCAAAUUAGAUUGGGAUGUAUCAAUCUGGCCACUAAUAGUCGGCAGUUCACUGGUUCCGUCAAACAUGUUCGACCUUCUGGGGAAAUCACAGACCACCUCACUUUCCCGUUCACAUGCUUGAUAACCAGGGUCCCUAGGGCACUUGCCGCAACCUUCUGA